CUGACUGUUAAUUUCCGUUUAAUUAUUUUUUUAUAUACAUAUAUAUUUAUAUUUUAUAUAUCAACUAAGAUAUACUUAUUACACUCUUUACUUGCACACGAAUUUGUUACUUUUAUUAAUUUCUGCUUCGUACAUAUCCAUCAACAACAUCCAGCAACAAUAUGGGAAGAUUUUUUACGCUGUUAACCUUUGCUUAUCUAGUCUGGAACAUUUCAGCGUCUGUUUUGAGGAAGGACGAAAACAAUGUCAAGAAAAGCAUUGUAACUGAAGUAGAAGCAACAACACAAGCUCCGUAUUUUUGGUGCAGUAGUGAAACCUGCCCAUCGACUGCACAUUGUAACACGGUUGUUCGUCAAUCGUGGAGCUGUUGUGCAACAUGUGCUUGUACCAACCAAAUGGGUAUAAAAAUGGAAGUUGGGCAAGAGUUUCGUUUGCAGGAGCCUGGUAAAUCUUGCCAUUUAUGUAAAUGCGAACAAAGGUAUAGUUGGGAAGAACCUUUGGCAGAUUGUUUUGAGGUGAAAUGUCCAGCAGUAGCAACUUCGUGUACCAAAAGGUUUUUACCAGCUGGUAGUUGCUGUGAAAUUUGUGCCGACGAUACAAUGUCAGCGGGUAUAAUUCGACCAGAUUUUCCUGAGAUUCCGGAUGCCUUAAUGAAUUUAAGAAAAUAGAAAAGAAAGAAGUGGAAACAAACAAGAGAUAUGAAGAGAGAACAAAUAUGUCUUAUACAAUUGUAAAAAUAUUCUUCCUGUCUGUAGAAACUGUAUGAAAAAUAUUGUUGUGCUCUA